AUGCAUGCGGAGUCCUGCCCGCUUUUUGCAGAGUAUUUGCUGCUAGCGGAGGAGGCCGGCUGGGAGGAAGUGAUGCAGCUGAAUGACUUGAAGAUUGGCACCAGAGAUGUGCUCAUCGUGGUGGACAUGCAGAACGACUUCGUCGAAGUGGAUCACCUGAAUCCCCACGGAGGCGCCUUUGCUGUGGCCGAGGGCAGCUCGGUGAGUCCCCUCAUCGUGCAGCUCAUGAACCACUUCACCAAAUGCGGAGGAGAUGUUGUCCUGACCAGAGACUACCAUCCCAAGAAGCACUGCUCCUUCAUCCCGCAGAAGGGGCCCUUCCCCCCGCACUGCGUCCAGGGCACGCAGGGGUCCUUCUUCUAUGAGCCCAUCGCCAAGGCCAUCUCGAAGCUGCACAACGGGGAUGCCCACUACAAGGACGAGGUGCGGAUUGCCUUCAAGGGAUUCCACGAAGACAUCGACUCCUUCGGCUCUUUCCAGUACGACGAGGACAGCGCCGAGGGGCGCCUGGCGAAGACGGAGGAGGUGGAAGAAAAGCGAUUGCACGGAUGUAGCCUUUGCGCCUGGACUGGGGCGGUGAUUUUGGAGUCCUCCAACCAGGAGGCAGAUCCAAAUGCUCCUCCUGACGUCCUUUCAGUUCUGCGCCGAGAUCCCUUGGGGGAGUUCUUGACGCAUCGCGGUACGGAGCGCGUCUUCGUGUGCGGGCUGGCGAUGGAUUUCUGUGUGCUGGACACGGCCCUGAAUGGCACCAAGAAGGGCUUCAGCCACCACAUGCACCUGAUCCUGGAUGCCUCGCGGGCAGCGCAUCUGCCCAGCAUGGGCCAGUUCGGCACUGGCUUCUUGAGCGACCCGGCCGCCAUCAAGCAGAAGCUUAAGGACCACGAUGUGAAGGUUGUGCCCACCGCCGCGCUGCUUCCCGGCUUUACGCCUUCGAACCCGGUGUGCGAGAAGGCAGCUCUGAAGCACAGCUUCCCCAAGCACUUGGGGCCCUUUGCCCUGGUCAAGACCAAGCGCCUGGCGCUGUGGAUCGAUCGCGAGAAGAGGACCUACAAGGCCACAGCGCCCUUCGAUGAGAUCCGACAGCUGGAGGCCAACGGUCUCAGCCCAUCAGGUGAAAUUGCGGCGCCGGCACCUAUCACUCUGAAAGAUGACGUGAAGCGGAGCUUGGGCAUCCCGCCGGAAGCCAAGGAGUUUUGCUGGGCUUAUCCUGUGGAUGCUGGACGAUGGUCGGAUCAGGCCCUGGCCUAUUUUUCCAUCAGCACGCCCAGCUGCGCCUUCUUCGCCUACGGGGGCUACAUCUACUUCGACAAGCGCGGGCGGGUGGUGGCCAUGUGCGCCAUCUCGCUGGGCAAAGGCCUGGAGUUUGAGGAGGGCCAAGCCUGGGACUCGCGGUUCAACGUGUACUUGGAGAAGCGCUGGGUGCGGGUCACCGUGCCCUACAUCUUGGACAAAGGCGCCAGGUUCUUCUGCUGGAUCAACGGGGGGGAGGUGCUGCAACCGCCCUGCAAGGAUGUGUUGGGAGGAGAGCCGUGGCAGGCCCCGCCCAACGGCUGCUUCGUGUAUCUCUUCAGUGAGUCCUCACACCUGGGCGACAAGCGGGACGUCUUCUUCCCGGUGGCCGCGCCAAGCUUGAGCCACAAGGCCUUUGGCCGCGCAGGCGUCAGUGAGGAAGAGGCUAUCAUUCAACUGCGGCAGAUGAUGGGCGGCGAAGCCAGGGUUGCCGGUCUGGAUGGCAACCAGCUUCAGUGCCAUUGCAGCGGCGACAUGCUGGGCCAUCAACUGCUGACGCUUCUGCAGCACCAGCUGCCGCCCAGGCCCGGCGGCGUGCUGAGCCUUUGGUUCGGCGACGCCAAAGUUGAACCCAGGCAGACGUUGAGAGAGCAGGGCCUGGUGCCUGGGUCGGAGCUUGUGUUCACCUACAACCGCACGGACGUACUUCGGGCCUGGGAAGCUUGCCAAGGCCGCAUUUCGACCGAGCAAGCGCUGGAGGGAAUCACAGAGCUGAAUUGGUACAAGCAAGAUUCUGAUCUCCUCUUCCAAUUGAGUUUGCCAACCACAUUGCAAAGCCUGACUUUGGGGGAUGCGUUUGAUCAAAGCCUGCAGGGACUGUCGUUGCCCGGCGGCUUGCGAUGCCUCAGCUUUGGCAAUGGCUUCAACCAAAGUUUGCAGGGCGUGACUUUGCCAAGCUGUUUGGUGAGCCUCACGUUCGGCCAUUGCUUUGACCAAAGCUUGCAUGGAAUAUUUCUGCCCAGCAGCUUGCAGAGCCUUACAUUCGGCGAUAGUUUUAACCAACAACUGCAGGGGAUACCUUUGCCUUGCAGCUUGCAGAGCCUUACAUUUGGCACUUCGUUUAACAAAAGGUUGCAGGGGGUGGCCUUGCCCAGCAGUUUGCAGAAGCUCAAGUUCGGCAACAAAUUCAACCAGAGCAUGCAGGGAGUGGUUUUGCCCAGCUUGCAGAGCCUGACAUUCGGUGACCACUUCAACCAAAGUUUGCUGCGGGUGACUUUGCCCAGCAGCUUACAGAGCCUCACAUUCGGCUAUUGCUUUGAGCUAUGCUUGGAGACAAUGCCGGCUUUGCCCUCCGGCUUGCAGAGCCUCACAUUUGGAUGCCGCUUUGCCAAGAGCUUGCAGAGACUAACUCUGCCGGGCAGCUUGCAAAGGCUAACAUUUGGCUACAGCUUCAACCUAACCUUGCAGGGGCUGACUUUGCCCAGCAACUUGCAGAGCCUCACGUUCGGAUAUGACUCUAACCAAAGCCUGCACGGGGUGACUUUGCCCAACGGCUUGAAAAACCUUACAUUUGGAAAUAUUUCCUCCCACAGCUUGAAAGGGGUGUCUCUGCCCAGCAGCUUGCAGAGCCUUACAUUCGGCGAUUGCUUUGACCACAGCUUGCUUGGGCUGACAUUGCCCAGCAGUUUGCAGAGUCUCAAAGUAGGCAGCUCUUGUAGCCGGAGCUUGCAAGAAAUUGAUUUUCCCAGCAGCCUGCAGAGUCUCACAUUUGGCUACCGCUUUGACCAAAACUUACAGGGGACGACCUUGCCUAGCAGCUUGCAAAGCAUUACGUUCGGCCAUCGCUUUGACCGCAGCCUGUUGGGAGUAACUUUGCCCAUCAGCUUGGAGCGACUCACCUUUGGCGACAGAUUCAACCAACGCUUGCAGGGGAUAACUUUGCCCAGCAAUUUGCGAUGCCUUACAUUCGGCAAUGCGUUUAACCAAUGUUUGCACGGGGUGACUCUGCCCAGCAGCUUGCAGAGCCUCGCCUUUGGCGACAACUUCGAUCAAUGCUUGCAGGGAGUUGCUUUUCCUAUUAGCUUGCAGAGCCUCACAUUGGGCAAUUCGUUCAACCACAGUUUGCACGGCGUGACUUUGCCCAGCGGCUUGCGGAGCCUCGCCUUUGGCGACAGAUUCGACCAACGCUUGCAGGAAGCUGCUUUGCCUUGCAGCUUGGAAAGCCUGGAGUUCGGCGACCGCUUUAACCAAAGUUUGCAGGAAGUGACUUUGCCUAGCGGUUUGCAGAGGCUCGUUCUGGGUGACAGAUUUAGCGAAAGUUUGCAAGGACUGACGCUGCACAUGAGUUUGUGCAGUGUGAGUGGUGACUGCGUGUCAGUCGACUGCCGGGAACAGUUCAGUUUGAACUGCAGGUGCGUCGAUUGA